AUGAACCGCGCAAAUCCCUUCAUCUUGAUCUGCCCUGCGACCCGUGGUCUGUCUUUGGCCUUGACGAGGCAUUACCUUCGUACAACCAACCUACCCGUCUAUGCCACUCACCGUUCAGGCAAGCCCGAAGCCAUCUCAAAUGACAUCCUCGCGCCUCUCAAACACGUUGAUCCCAAGCGACUAUCACUUCUACAUCUAAACCUCGAGAACGAGCAAAGCAUCUCAUCCGCUGCUCAACAGCUCUCCGACUCACUUCCCAAAGACGCGGACUCGUUCCUACAUACGGCCUUCUUCACCGGGGGUAUCCUGCAUCCUGAAAAACAGCCCGCCGACCUCGACGCCGCAUCGCUUAUCCAGGCAUUCCAGAUCAACGUCAUCUCACAUCUCCUCCUCAUCAAGCACCUCUCGACGUUCCUCCCUACUUCGCAUACCCUCGCUUCUGCUCCGAGUAACAGCCUGAACGGCGGGUUAGCACGCUGGGUCCACGUCUCAGCCCGCGUGGGCUCCGUCUUGGAUAAUAAAACCGGGGGAUGGUACUCAUACCGUGCGUCGAAGAGCGCGCUCAACCAGGUCGUAAAAACAUUCGAUCUGCAGCUGCAGAUGAAGAAGAUACCGGCGAUGUGCGUGGGUGUGCACCCGGGCACGGUGAAGACGGAUCUGAGUAAGAGGUAUUGGGGUGGAGUACCGGAGGGGAAGCUGUUUGAGCCUGAGUAUGCGGCUGAGAAGUUGAGUGGGGUGGUUGCAGGUUUGGAGGAGAAACAGAGGGGGAGAAUAUGGGACUGGGCUGGGAAGGAAAUAGUGCCUUAG